GGCCGCAUCUCUUGCCGCCCAGAUCACACACUACCACCACACUUCCUCCUCUGUUCUCGCGCAUCGAGUUCAUCGCCCGAGAGACAGAGCACGCACGCACGCGCCGCCCCUCCACCUCAACCCACAGAUUCAUCACGCCGCCGGCGAAGCCCUCCGUCGCCUGUCUGUUUGGUCGCCGGCGCCAUGAAGAAGGUGGUGCUGAAGCUGGACCUGCACGACGACAGGCAGAAGCAGAAGGCGCUCAAGGCCGUCUCCGCUCUCCACGGCAUCGACACCAUGGGCGUGGACAUGAAGGACCAGAAGAUGACGGUGGUCGGCAGCAUGGACCCCGUCGACGUCGUCAGCAAGCUGCGCAAGGUCUUCCCCGGUGCGCACAUCGUCUCCGUCGGCCCGGCCAAGGAGGAGAAGAAGGACGACAAGAAGGACGGCGCCGGCGGGGACAAGAAGGACGGCGAUAAGGACAAGAAGGACGGCGACAAGGACAAGAAGGACGGGAGCAAGCAGGUGGUGUACCCGCAUCACUACUGGUACCCGCCGCCGCCGCCGCAGCACCACCACCCGCACCCGUACUACUUCGUCCGCAGCGCCGAGGAGGACCCCAACUCCUGCGUCAUCUGCUGAUCGCCUCAUCCCCAUGGCACCGCCCUGUACCUGUACAUUUCUAGCUGGCCUGCCGGCGUGUGGCUCACCGGCGAUCACCGGUCGCGACCUGCUCCGGUGGCGGUUGGUGGUUGCUCCACUCGUCAGCCUACCUGCGACAACGAUCGCUAUAUGAUCCGUAGAUGAUGUUGUUUUGUCUUGUUUUUUCUCUUUGAGGGGAUAAAGUAGACGCAUCUGCUUAGUUUGUGAUGCGCAGAUGUGGAAUCAAAUAACAGUGAGGAAAAAGACUACAAAUAUAUAUGGAAUUUAGGCGGUUAAA